GAAUUAGAUAGCAUGUUUACAUAGGCAGUUUUGUAGAAUUGCAAUUAGUCUAGACGUUUUGCUCUUCUAUUUUAAUGAGAUUUCUUGCUUCUGUAAGAGUUAUGCCGAAUAUCCUUACCAAUUCAUCUUUCAAUGAAAGCCUACUUCUUCUCUAGCUGUCAUAAACUUCUCUUCUACAUUAAACAACCACUCAGAGACAAAAUACCCUUUAAAAAAACCCAGUUUCACACUAAUGUCAGUGCAUAUCCAUAUUCUCUCAUCUUGGAGAACUGUAAAAAUAUUCAAACACUCAAGAAAACACAUACCCAUGUCAUCACAACAGGACUUUCUAACAACAACAUAUUGGCUGCAAAAAUUUUAGCAUUAUAUGCCAUGUUAGGCAAUUUAGAUGAUGCCAAUAAGAUACGUGAACAUAAUUCAAAUGCUUUUUUAUGGAAUGCAUUGAUUGGAGUGUAUGCUAGGAAUGAGUGUUGUCAUGAAGCACUUGAGUUGUAUACUAAGAUGAGAGUUUUCGGAAUAGAGUCUGAUAAUUUUACAUACCCACUUGUGCUCAAGGCUUGUGCUGGGAUUUUAGGUUUGAAAGAAGGGAGGGAGAUUCAUUGUGACAUUGUUAAGAAGGGUUUUGAAUUGGAUGUUUUUGUUGGAGUUGGAAUUAUAGAUAUGUAUGGUAAGUGUGGAAUUUUUGAGGAUGCACGCCAAAUGUUUGAUAAAAUGUCUGAAAGAGAUGUCGUAGCUUGGAAUGCAAUGAUUAGUGGGUGUGCACAGAAUGGGUGUUCUAACGAGGCAUUUGAGCUUUUCAAGGAAAUGCAGUUGGCAGAUUUGAGACCCAAUUCUUCUACCCUGGUCGGUGUGCUUGGAGUGUGUGAUAUCGUAGGAGGGUUGGAACGAGGUCAGCAGAUCCAUGGGUAUGUAGUUAAGAGUGGAUGUGAGUGCAAUGCUUUUUUGGGGACUUCCCUUGUGGAAUUAUAUGCUAAAUGUGGGGACAUAGAGGCUGCAGCACUGGUGUUCGAGAAAAUGUACGAGAAAAGUGUAGUUUCAUGGAAUGCAAUGAUUUCUGGAUAUGCUCAAAAUGGAUAUGCCAAUGAGGCUUUGAAACUCUUUUAUCAAAUGCAGUUUGGAGAUGUGGAACUCAAUUCAUUAACAGUAGUGAGUGUUCUCUUAGCAUGUGCCCAGUUGAGAGCCCUGGAAGAAGGCAAGUGGAUCCAUGACUAUGCAAUCAGAAGUGGGCUUGAAUUAGAUGUUUUUGUAGGGACAGCUCUUAUUGACAUGUAUUCCAAAUGUGGUAGAAUAGAUACUGCGCGGCAAUUGUUUGAUGAGAUGCCCAGAAAGAAUGUGGUAUCAUGGACAGCAAUGAUUGGUGGGUAUUCCUAUCAUGGAUAUGCAAAUGAGGCAUUCAAACUCUUCAACCAAAUGCAACUUGCUAAUGUGCAACCGAAUUCGGUUACUUUGGUGAACAUGCUUCUGGCAUGUACCCUUUUAGGAGUUAUGCAACAAGGCAAAUCAAUUCAUAAUUAUAUAGUUAGAAGAGGCUUUGAUUUGGAUGUUUCCAUGCAAAACACUCUUGUAGAUAUGUAUGCAAAAUGUGGGAGCAUAGAGCUUUCAUGUGGAUUGUUUAACAAGAUGCCCAAAAGGAAUUUGGCCUCGUGGAAUGUCAUGGUUGCUGCGUAUAGAAUACAUGGUCUUGCCAAGGAUGCCCUUGCACUUUUUGUUCAAAUGCAACAGAUAGGCAUAAGGCCUGACCAUAUAACCUUCAUAUGUGUAUUAUCUGCAUGCAGCCAUGCAGGUCUGGUGGAUGAGGGCCGACGAUGUUUUGAUAGCAUGACCAUAGAAUAUUGCAUCACACCUGAGAUGAAGCAUUAUGCAUGCAUGGUUGACCUCCUUGGUCGUUCUGGGCAUCUGGACGAGGCACAUGACUUCAUUAAAAAGAUGCCAUUAGAACCCGAUGCUAGCGUUUGGGGAGCUUUGCUUGGUGCCUGCAGAAUUCACAACAAUAUCAAGCUCGGAGAACAUGCCGCUAAUUGCCUUAUUGAAUUAAAACCUGAUGAUGCCGGAUAUUAUGUAUUGCUGUCAAACAUAUAUGCAGCAGCUGGUAGGUGGGAUAGUGUUAUGAAGGUGAGAACAACGAUGAAAGACAGGGGGGUGAAAAAAUCACCAGGAUGCAGCUUGGUUGAGAUAAAUAAUAGGGUUUAUGCAUUCCUUGUGGGAGAUAGAUCACACCCUCAGUUAAAGAAAAUUUACAGUUUUCUAGAGGCCUUGGCUGUGCAGAUGAAAGAGGCUGGAUAUAUACCUGACACAAAUUUUGUGCUGCAUGAUGUCGAGGAGGAAAUGAAGGAAAGGAUGCUCUGCAGCCAUAGUGAGAGGCUUGCUAUUGCAUUUGGAAUUCUUAACACAAGCCCUGGAGCUCCAAUCAGGAUUACGAAGAACCUUCGCGUGUGUGGCGACUGCCACACAGUCACCAAGUUCAUUAGUAAGAUUGUCGAUAGAAAAGUUAUUGUUAGGGAUGCAAAUCGUUUUCAUCAUUUUAAGGAUGGGUAUUGUUCAUGUGGAGAUUAUUGGUGAUGGUAAUUAAACAAGCAACACAUAAAAUGCUUUUAUCAACAACAAAGUUUGAAUCAAUCGAGGACCCCCAAAGAGUUAGGUACCAUUGCUACUGAUGGUUUUAGAGGCUUAACUUAUUUUCUUUACAAGCAAAAUUUAUCACUCUAUUUAUUAUUUUAUGAUUCGAAAGCAAUAAUCUUCACAAUAUCUGCGGUAAGGGUGAGACACCUCUCUAACAAAUUUUUAUAUUAUGACAUUUCUAAUAUUCAAAUAUUACCCUUAUCUGACGCAAAGCUGUGUAAUCCUAUGCAAAAGCUUUUCUGCUUUCAGCGUAAAAAUCUACUAUUGCUGCCAAUGGUUCUAGGGGUUUCCUGGUACGUCUUCUUCAGACUUAUUAUGUAUUUUGGGCCUUUUUAGGAUGUUGUAGGAUGUUUUUGAGAUCAGAAGUUGAAGCUUCAAGUUCUAGUAACCGAAGCUUCGGUUGCAGUCAACAAUUCAUGACUUCUCACAUACAAUUUCAACUUCUAUGUGGGAUGUGGAUUUGUAAAAACCUGCUCAAUAUUUGUAUUUUCAAGGUCAUACAUACUCUGCAAUAUGUAUAAAAAAAUACAAAUCGAUUAACCUCAA